GUAUCACGAUAUCGUCACUUGUCACCUGAGCCAAUCGCAGCUGAUCACGACGUCACAUGUGCGUAUAGUUUAAUCCGUGCUUGUCAAGUAGUUUUGUAAUUGUGCAAAAUUGUCGAUAUUUUGGCUGUGAUCUGUGAUCGGCUGGUCGUAUAAAUAAACGACGAAAAAUGUAUGUUCGAUGUUAAGGAAUGAUGAUGACUCACAUGCGAGUGACGAUGCUUCCAAAUGAGGUCCUGUCGUAGACGACAGUGAAAGAGACUUCACGAAACUCUGACGAACGCAAUUCUUACCAUCCCACACAAUCCAGAGAAAAUGUACUGCCUACAGUGGCUGAUCCCGGUGCUACUGAUACCAAAACCUGUGAACCCAGCACUGCUGCAAACCCAUGUCAUGUUCAUGGCACUUUAUCUGAUUGGGUUCUUCCUGGAGCGCAAACCCUGCACCAUCUGCAGUCUUGUGUUCCUCGCUGCUGUCUUCCUCAUUUGUUACAGUGGAAUAGGCAAUUGCCUACUCUGGAGCACAAAUUGUGACACAGUAAGAUGCGACAACGGCUAAAAUCAUGCCAACUGUUUAACUCAAUAAUAUUUAGAGAAUUGUCCCCUUGUCAGUUUUUCCCAUUGCGUGCGCACAUGAGUGAAUUUUUGCCAUUCUCUUCCUCUUUCUCUCCAUACUCCAACAUAAUAAAUGAAAGUAGCUUUUCAAUCCAUAUUCUGCUAGCAUCUGUUUUGUUCAUAUUGUGAAAGCGAUGCCUUUAGUGUUUAGGUUUAGCAAAAUUAGUUUUUCAAAUUAUUAAAAAUUUUAGUCUAAUGUUCCAUAACGUCAUGUUUUAUUGAACAUUUUCAUGCUGAAUUUAUGUAGAGUUCAAAUCUCAAAAUUUUAAAUAAGCAAAAAUGUGAUACAAUGUAUUUGAUGAGAUUCAUAUAUAGUUUGAGUUUUGUCACAAUUGUUGACUGGAGUAAAGUAAAUUUCCAGAUUGUAGCGUUAUAUAGCCUUUUUUUUGUUAAUAUAUACUACAUAAUAGAUGCAAAUUUCAUAUAUUAAUUAUAAAACACUUGCUACAACAGAAUAAAACAAAAACCGAAGCUUAUACAGGCAACGGCAUAUUCUUUUAUAUUUAUCCAUAGUUUUUAGAGGCAGUUUUUAUUCCAAUCUCUUCAAUAUGAUUCUAAAUAAUGUUUUUCCAAAUAGAAUCCGAUAUUCUUCCUUAUGCGUUAUGCAUU